GAUCAUCCACGAGGACGGUUUCUCUGGCGACGACGUAAAGCAGUACAAGCCUGUCGUUUACAGCAACACCAUCCAAUCUCUGGCUGCCAUCGUGCGCGCCAUGGAUACGCUGGGCCUGGAGUAUGGAGACAAAGAACGGAAGGCGGAUGCUAAGAUGGUGUGUGACGUGGUCAGUCGUAUGGAGGACACAGAGCCUUACUCCGCCGAGCUGCUCUCCGCCAUGAUACGUCUGUGGUCCGACUCGGGCAUCCAGGAGUGUUUCAGCCGCGCCCGAGAGUACCAGCUCAACGAUUCAGCGCAGUACUACCUAGACAGCCUAGAUCGGAUUGGUGCGCCAGACUACCAGCCCACAGAGCAGGACAUCCUGAGGACCCGAGUGAAGACCACAGGCAUCGUCGAGACACACUUUACCUUCAAAAACCUCCACUUCAGGCUGUUUGAUGUGGGAGGUCAGAGGUCGGAGAGGAAGAAGUGGAUCCACUGUUUUGAGGAUGUCACAGCCAUCAUUUUCUGUGUGGCGCUCAGCGGAUACGACCAGGUGCUGCAUGAGGACGAGACCACGAACCGAAUGCACGAGUCUCUGAAGCUGUUUGAUUCCAUCUGUAACAACAAGUGGUUUAAGGACACCUCCAUCAUCCUCUUCCUGAACAAGAAGGACAUCUUUGAAAACAAGAUCUGCAAAUCACCUCUGUCCAUCUGCUUCCCUGAGUACACUGGUCCAGACACUUACUUGGAGGGAAUAGACUACAUUAAGUGUCAGUACGAGAGCAAGAACAAGUCACCCAACAAAGAAGUCUACUCCCAUGUGACCUGCGCUACAGACACCAACAACAUCCAGUUUGUCUUUGAUGCUGUCACUGAUGUCAUCAUAGCAAAUAACCUGCGGGGGUGUGGCCUGUACUGAUGAUUAAAUGUUAGCCAAUAGAUGAUGGGUGUUUGACUUGUAUUUUCCAAUGUGAGGUACCAUGUCAGUGAUCUGAUCACUAUGUUCAUGAUGUCAUUAUAUUGCUUUACCGUAAGACUCGCCAUUAGUCCAACUUAACUCUUAAUUAAUGAAUUGAUUGGUUGAGUAGUUGGUUGGUUGAGACUACUUUUAAGGUAUUUGUCUUUUUUACUUCCUUCUAAAGAAGAGCUAAUUACUGUAAAGUUACUGUAUUUGUGCAUUUAUUUAUAGCUCCAAAUCUUUUGCUGGUGUGCUGCAGAAAUCUUGCAUAACACCUACAGUCGGCUCUACAAGGAUACAAUGUUCCUGAGACUGGUUUGUACGUACAGUAGUGCUGUGUUACUCAAUUAACUAGACAGAAUGCAAAUGAAGUGCAGCCAUCUUAGGGGUUCACCAGCAGUCCCGAAAAAUGGUGUAACAAGAAUUAUGUCUCUACCCCAAAGUAUUGUAAUUGUUUUUAUUUAAAUUUGAUUUGAAUAUACGAGUAUGUCGUCCAAGCAGUAUCAAUCAAGUUCAUUUCAAUCUCAGUUUGCUUCAGAAAGUUGUUCUUCAGACUUGAUCAUGUGCAUGAGAUCUUAGACUGUUGACAAGAUUAUGUCCAGCCUACUAUAAAGAAAUGCAAAGAAAAUAGAAAUCAGAAAAAAAAGCAUUUAUUUAUAUUUUAUGAAAAAUAGCUUCAGUAGCACCGCUCCUUAUCGGGUGACCGUCCUGCUCAGAUGUAGUAGUGUAGUUUCCAACUGUCUUGUUGCACUAAGCCAUGCUCUUUUAACUAUUGAGCUCCAAAAUGACUAGUGUUCAAUAAAUAAAUGAGACAUAAUGACUUAAAUCAUCAUAUGGAUAAAUAUAGAAAAUAAUUGAUGAACCACUCAUUGUGAAAUUACUAGAUAAAAGUCAAACGAAACUGAUUAUUAUGAUGUGUAUUAUUUUCACAAUAAUUUAUUUCAUAGCACUUGCCGAGCCUGCUAAGAGGCUGGGACCAGCAGCGGAAUAGUAACAGAAAAAUGUCAGUGAAAUGAAAAAUACACUUCCAAAAAGAGCAUUUUGAGAUUGCUUUAAUGAAAUAAGCAAUCACAGUGAACCAUAAUGAAAUUACAUAUAGCAUUUAGAGUUUUAAUUGCGUAUUAAAUUAGUUGAAAUUGUAUUAGUUUUUAUAUUUUUCUUUACUUUUUCAUAUGAUGGUUUAGUUGUCUAGUUAUAAUAUGUAUUGGUUUAAUUUUGCCCCUUAGUAGUUCCAUAUUAACCAGUCUGAUGCCAGAGAGUCCGCUGCAGCUUUGCCAGUCACUAGAAGCACAUUCAUGAUAAUUUGUGAAGGUUUAUGUGUGGUACUGUUAAGCUAGCGAUUGUGUAUUAGCCGCGCUAGCAACUGUAUUGUAGCUAAGCUAAUGGCUCAGAGAGGCUAACUCUCCGAUGAAUCAGUCUGGUGGUGCUUCGAAAGCACAAGCCUGCACUGAAAUACUAAAGCAAAAACCUAGCACAAGUACUUCUGUAAAUGAUGCAUCUAUUGUAUUAUAUUAGUAUACAUUUGAAAAUGAGCACAGUGGUUUCACAGCUGGAGGGGGGUGGGCGACCCUCCUCUGAUUAGAGAGCGUUAACACUCUUUUUUCAUAUUAAUGUGAUGACAUAAAGUAUUCCCAAACUCUUUAACAUAAUGAUUCCACAAGUAGGAUCAAUUCAUCUCAUCCUAAGGGAAGAGGGGGAUUAUCAGAGUGGGCUGUUCAGAAUAUUAAAUGUAAUGAGACCAAAGGUAAUCCCACUUAUGUCUGUUUUACUGUAAAGUGACAUUUCUAUUUUUUUACUACAUUGCAAAUUGAUGGUACCUAGGAUGAUAGGUUCAGCCAGUAUAUCCAACUUAAAUGUGUAGGAUUUGAACCUUUUUGACUUUGGCGGCUCCUCUUCGUCAUAUCAAAGGUUUGGCUAGGAUUGCCUCAUUUUUCAACAAUCAAUACUUCAUUCGAAUCAAUUGAAAAAAAAUGAUAAUCAAAUUCACAAUUGGGAUUCAAGAAGAAAAUAAAAUUAUUAGAAGAAAUAUUUAUUUUGUGUCAUUUGACUUAAGCAUAGAGUUGACGUGCUCAUUGACAGUUCAGUCAUUUUGUUCAGUUCUGUGGGGCAUCAGUCAAGGUUGGAGCAAUGGUAGCUUAUAAUUUUUAUUCAAAACCCAAGCAGGAGCUCAUACAGCAGAACUCAAUUGUGUAUUUCCAUGUUGCUGGGAAACUGCUUGGUUAUCACAUAACCUUAGUGUUUUGGCCUUAGAUGCAUUUCAUUUGGAAGUAAAUUUGUUCUUUUUCCCUAUAGAGGAAGGUAAUUGAAAUUGUACUUUUGAUAAAAAAUUAAAAGAGAUGAGCAGUAUAAUUUCUUGUUUUUUUCCCUUUACCUUAAAUGUAAAGCUCAUAUUUAAAUUUACAGUGAGGACGUUGCUAUCUAUGUUAUUUCUUCUGCCAUCACCCCUCAUCCAUGUGAAUGUCACCUCUGCUCAAAUGUCAGGAUUGGUUUUCCAGGCCCUCUUGCUGCAGCAUGCAUGGGUCCACUAUAAAACCACUUUAAACAGAGGAGCUACAAGAGGUAGUGUGCUGACUCAACCACACAAUUCCCAAAUAAUGCUUCUAAGGAAGCAUUGAUUUUAUGAGGCCCUAGGGCCGCAUCCAUUGUGUGGGGCUGCACAGUGUAAUAUCCCUAUCGUCCACCACUCUGCCUUAUUAAGCCAGAGGUGAGCUUUGAAAGAUUGUGUGCUGGUGAGUACAUAUGUUCCUCUGGGACUCGAAUGUCAAUCUUGUUGUUUUAGUCCUGAUGUUUUGCUUUCUGCUGAGCGGGUUCCAUUUCUGCUGAAUGGUAGUCGUCCCAGAGCUGCUGUUGGAUGAGGUUUGAUGUAGUGCACAGCUUGGGGGGAAUGAAAAGUGAUGUGUGCAAUCGGUGGGAGCAGUUCAGGUUUGAGCCUUAAUGUUAAAGCCAAAGAGAUGCAUAUAAUACCAGGAAAAUAUCAUUAGCUCCUCCCUUCUUCCUUUAUAAGCAACAGUUUACAGAGUCGCAUAGAAACUGAGCCUUGUUUGUCUGUGGGACUUUGUUGAUUUCACUGAGCUGAGUGUGUUUACAGCUUUACUGCUGUGAGUGCUCCCUGGCAAACAGAGGCAGAGAGCUUCUUUAUUUAUGUAUGAGCGGGGCAUUUGCUAUAUUCCACUCUUCCCUCGACACUCAAACAGCGAGGACGUGUCUCCACCCUCUGCUCAAAGCUGCGAUUUUUUUAAAAAGGUAGACGACGUCAUCGGCUCUUCCUUCCACAUCUCUGCAACUUUUUCUAAUUAGAGAACUGCCUAAGGCUGUUGAUCAGCCUGCUCUGUGUGUGUGUGUUUGUGUGUGGUUAUGUCUUUGUAUCCUGUGUGUAAUCGUGUGUGUUUACAGAUUGUAUAUAGUCACUUAUAUGUGUGUCUGUUGAGAGUACGGGAAAGGUCAGUGUGUGUGUGUGUUUCUGUGUCUGUGUGUGUGCUUGUCUACGGUGUGCGCGUACGUGCUUAUGAUGUGUGUAUGUGUUGUGUGAGAGACAACAUCAGCCCAUGGGUGUUGUGGUGGAGUCAGCAUCUGUGGAUUAAUUACCCAGAAGGCACCUGUCUACCCUUUCCACACACACAGGCCCUCAACACACACCCACACAUACGUACACACACACACACUGAAGACAAACACACCCAUGGGGCUUCAAAAUGUCACAACACCUUUCUUGCCGGUGCCAAAGAGAGCUUUUUUGGUUCUUUUUCCAAACAUGAAGCCUGCUGCUGAAGGCUUCUAGUGUCUGAUCUUCUCCAUUGUCUAAUUCAUUACAUGAUGUGAAAGGAAGAUCUUACUGCAUUAGCUCAAUGAUUGACUUCACUUCCCACUUCUGUCAGCCGUGACACUGCAGGGAAGCCUCCCUCCUUUUUUUUACAGUAUAUCGAGGUGUGUGCAUGUCCAAGUGUUUUUCGACAGGCAAGUUUUGUUUGUAAUUUGCGUAGAAGCCUAGUAUUUUACGUUGACAUGCUGAAAACAAUAGGCAUCUGUGCAUGUGCACAGUGCAAGACACAGAAGUGACAAAACAGACUAUUCUGACUAUUCUGACUUUUGCACCUGAAUCAUGCCCUUGCCCUUUACAGGCUUUUUCUGUCAUGUGUAUGCCCUGCCGCUGUAAAAGUGGCCUGAAGUGUGAUUAAUUCAUCGUUUGUUGAAUGACUGAAUAAUUUAGUUUAGCAUCAUCCUCACUUAAAGGUUGGGUGCGUAACAUUUAGGACGAUCUAUUGUCAGAAAUGGAAUAUAAUAUUCAUGGUUAUGUU